AGCAGUUCGCGGUGCUGUGGCUGCUGCUGCUGUCCAUCGUGCUGGGCAACGCGGCGGUGAUAGCGGCGCUGCGGCUCUCCAAGGCACGCAAGUCUCGCACCAACUUCUUCAUCAUGCACCUCGCGCUGGCAGAUCUGCUGGUGGGGCUGGUGAGCGUGCUCACGGAUCUCGUCUGGAAGAUCACUGUUGUUUGGUAUGCCGGCAACGCGGCAUGCAAAUUAGUUCGCUUUUCUCAGAUCCUGGUGACGUACUCGUCAACGUACGUGCUCGUGGCGCUCAGCAUCGACCGCUACGACGCCAUCUCGCAUCCCAUGAACUUCUCCGGCAGCUGGCGGAGGGCUCGUCAGCUAGUGGCAGCGGCGUGGCUGACAUCAGCGGUCUUCGCAGCUCCGAGUUUGUGGCUCUUUCAUGAAGCGGAAAUCGAGGGCAUGAAGCAGUGCUGGAUAUCGCUGUCAGAGCCAUGGCAAUGGCAGGUGUACAUGGUGCUCGUGGCACUCACAGUCUUCAUCAUACCGUGUGCCCUCAUCAGCUGCUGCUACAUCGUCAUCGUACACACCAUAUGGAGCAAGAGUCGUCUCAUGGUCGCACACAGCCCCGCGCACACACAGGGAGACAAGAAGAACGGCAUAGCGGCGUAUGUAGACGAUGACUGCAGGCGCGCCAGCUCCCGAGGCCUCAUCCCGAAAGCUAAAGUCAAGACCGUUAAGAUGACCUUAGUUAUUGUCGUAGUGUUCAUCUUAUGCUGGUCGCCGUACAUCGUGUUCGACUUGCUGCAAGUGUUCGGUCUCGCCCCUAACAACCUGGCCCUCGCUACCCUCAUGCAGUCCCUGGCUCCCCUCAACUCUGCCGCCAAUCCCUUUAUUUACUGCUGGUUCUCUACCAGGCUCUGUAGGAAUCUCAGGAGGUUGCGUGCGGUUGACUGGUGUGCUCGCACUCUGGUGCCAUGCAGCCCCUGCCUACACAAGCCCCUCGACGAGUCUCUGCGCCGCCACAACACCGAGUCCACAACCAUGACUGACACUCGACGUGUUGGCAACUCGUCUUCAGUAAGAUUUGCUUCAUUCAGGUUCAGGUCAGUUCGGUAUGCGAACAACAACGGGGUCUUCUCGACGAAACAAAGAAAGUUCAGUCUACGCGAGCGCAUGUGGCUUAACAACAUCACUUAUCGUGGCUACGAUCCUGCGAUAGAUCGAUCGCAGGCCCGCCUUUCUCCUGGAGCUCGUAUGAACGGCAGCCAUUACUCGGGGAGAGACCUCAGUCUCCGUACGACUUAUCGUGGCUACGAUCCUGCGAUAGAUCGAUCGCAGGCCCGUCUGUCUCCUGGAGCGCGUAUGAACGGCAGCCACUACUCAGGGAGAGACCUCAGUCUUCGUACGACUUAUCGUGGCUACGAUCCUGCGAUAGAUCGAACACGGGCCCGCCUUUCUCCUGGAGCUCGUAUGAACGGCAGCCACUACUCAGGGAGCGACCUUAGUCUUCGUACGAGUCACAAAAACAUGAGUGGAUGCGAGGUCGAACUGUCGUCAGUGGAGUCGUUCAAUGUAAAAUUGUCUCCUAAAAGCAUCAAUCGCGGCGUUUCGUCUCAGAAAACUUCACUAGUGGUUCACCAGAGUCAGUCGAAUUGCGUGGCCGAAAGCAUUUUACUAGAUCAAAGCUCGGUCUUGGGAACCUUUGUGUAAGCUCAACAUGGAAUAUCAUUACUACUGUCAUAAUCAUCACCAUAACUCUACAUAAUCUGCUGAGCUCCAAUAUAGGUUACUUAAAAUAUUGUUUGUAAGGAGAAAGUUCAACACUUAACUAUAUUCCUUACGGGACAAAUAAAAUUUCCUAAUCGAUUUAAUGUAAACUGUCUGCAUUUGUAUUGAAGUCGAAUGUAUCUAAUUAAUUCUAAAGGUAAAUAAUUGUGAAAAUCACUAGCUAAGUUAUCAUUUCCAAUGACCGAAAGUGACCAUAACAUAGAUGUACUUAAUCUUAGAUUUUAGUAGACAAACCAAAGAUGAAGUUUUAGAUGUUUGUGAAAAAUGUUUCACGUGUUUGAGAAUUAAUAGAUUGUUGUUCUAAUCUUGUUCUAAUAUGUAUCGUGUCGACAGAAAGUGAUUUAAGAGCGUUAUUUACAACGGAAAAAAUUAGGCCAAACAUGAUGUGAAAUCUCCUAGUAUGAAAUCAAGUUGCUUGAAAAAAUUAUAAAAUAAUUGAAUUUAAGCUAUCUUAAGUUCGUGCUGAGUAUCAUUUAAUUGAAACGAUAAUAUGAUACAAUUUUAUAUAAAUUGCCAAAAUAUUCUACAUAAAUUGACUAGAUUCGUUCGAGUUUGGACUGCGGAUCCAUAUCACGUAGAGUGUUCGUGAUUAGACUCCUGCGUUUGGUGCUUUUCUCCAUUCGAGACGAGACAACAAGGUCUGUCCCAGUUAGCAAUAACAACCGGGACAAUUUACAGCACACCGUGGGAAUUCCGGGACAAUACAGUGACGAUACUAGACGAGACGUCCCGGUAUUUAAUAUGUCUCGUCUCGACGUCAUAUUUAUAUAUUUAAGACAUGUCUCGUCUCGCUACGUAACGUCUCGUUUUAUAUCCAUCUGUCUCUUAUCGUUUCAUAAUCACCGCUACACGAGUUUUGAAGUCCGGGACACAAGUCAUGUCCAGCUUCAAAAGUUAUUCCGUGACAAAUGUUACCCUUUGUCCCGUUAUUUUUUCCCCAAAAUUUCUCGUCUCGUCUUGGUU